AUGACAGUCAUGUCCCUUUCUAGGGACCUCAAGGACGACUUUCACAGUGACACAGUUCUCUCCAUCCUAAAUGAGCAGCGCAUUCGGGGCAUUUUAUGCGAUGUCACCAUCAUUGUGGAAGACACCAAAUUUAAAGCCCACAGCAAUGUCCUGGCUGCUUCAAGCCUUUAUUUCAAAAAUAUAUUCUGGAGCCAUACCAUCUGCAUUUCCAGCCAUGUCCUGGAGCUGGAUGAUCUCAAGGCUGAUGUGUUUACUGAAAUCCUUAAUUAUAUUUACAGCUCCACAGUCGUGGUCAAGAGACAGGAAACAGUCAGCGAUCUUGCAGCUGCCGGCAAGAAGCUGGGAAUCUCAUUCCUGGAAGAUCUCACCAAUCGCAACUUCUCAAACUCUCCAGGCCCGUAUGUUUUCUGCAUCACCGAGAAGGGAGUGGUUAAGGAAGAAAAAAACGAAAAGAGGCCUGAGGAACCGGCCAUCACCAGUGGUCCCCGGAUCACAAAUGCGUUUUCCAUCAUUGAAACAGAAAAUAGCAACAGCAUGUUUUCUCCACUGGACUUGAGGGCAAGUUUCAAAAAGGUGUCCGACUCCAUGAAAACAGGUGGCCUUUGCUUGGACAGGAGCAAUGUCUGUCAUGAGGCAGAGCCUGUCCGCACACUGGCGGAGCAUUCCUAUGCUGUCUCUUCCGUGGCUGAGACUUACAGAAGUCAGCCCUCGAGUGAACAUGAUGGCAGCUUGCCUUCUAAAACAGGGGAAGAAAACAGCGAAGCUCUUGCCCCAAAGUCGAAACCGAGCCCAAAGCCAAAGACGCUCUCCACACCCCAGGAUUCUGAUUCAGCUGCAGAAAAUAUGCCACCCCCUGAGGUAACUAACCUAGAGGUUAACCAAGAGAAAAGCCCACAGCCAGCCACAAGUCUUCCUCAUUCAGAAUCUCCCAGCAUUGAAGAAGACACCCAGUUUGCCAGGGAAGAGGACAAUAAUCCCUCACAUGUUCCUGGGCCACCGCUGGCAGAGGUCCCACCACUGGUUUACAAUUGUAGCAGUUGCUCCAAAUCCUUUGACAGCAGUGCACUACUGAGUGCCCAUAUGCAGCUGCACAAGCCGACACAGGAGCCCCUGGUGUGCAAGUACUGCAACAAACAGUUCACCACCCCCAACAGGUUGGACCGCCACGAGCAGAUCUGCAUGAGGUCCAGCCACGUGCCUGGGCCCGGAGGAAACCAGUCCUUUCUAGAGCACUAUCCUACCAUUGGGCAGAAUGGCACCUCCUUCGCAGGACCAGAGCCUCUAGUAACUGAAAAUAGAAUCGGUGAAUUUCCCAGUCCCAGAAACUCGUUGCCAGAAGUGGACCAUGUGGUUAAAUUUGUCAAUGGACAAAUGCUCUAUAGCUGUGUGGUCUGCAAACGUAGUUAUGUGACGUUAUCCAGCCUCCGGAGACACGCCAACGUUCACUCGUGGAGAAGAACGUACCCAUGUCAUUACUGUAACAAAGUGUUUGCAUUGGCAGAAUACAGGACAAGACAUGAAAUUUGGCACACGGGGGAGAGGCGGUACCAGUGCAUUUUCUGCCUUGAAACGUUCAUGACCUACUAUAUACUCAAAAACCAUCAGAAGUCCUUCCAUGCCAUAGAUCACAGGCUUGCCAUCAAUAAGAAAACAACAAAUGGAGGCUUGAAGCCUAGUGUCUAUCCAUACAAACUUUACAGGCUCCUGCCCAUGAAAUGCAAGAGGGCACCUUAUAAGAGCUACCGGCAUUCUUCUUAUGAAAAUGCCCGAGACAACAGUCAAACAAAUGAAUCUAUGGCAGCCAAUACAUAUGUCAUUCAGAAUGCGCACAGCUCUGAAUUGCCGGCACUGAACGUGCAAGAUGGUGUAAACACCUCGGCACAUAGCCCGGCCGUCCCAUCAGAAGCACCCGCUUGUCAGGAUGUACCCACUUCCACUGGUGCGCCGAAUGCAGAGGGCACCAAGUGGGGAGAGGAGGCCUUGCGAGUUGACCUUGGCAGUAACUUGUAUUCAGCUGGAGUGUCAGUUGCCCCCACUGAAAACGCGGUGCGUUCUGAAGCCCAGACAGAAGCAGUACCUGUUGUGCGGAGCACAGGCAGCGAGAACUCCACCUCGGUGAUCAGCUACAGCGGCUCAGCCCCUUCGGUCAUUGUGCACAGCAGCCAGUUUUCCUCGGUGAUCAUGCACAGCAAGGCUGUUGGCGCCGUGAGCAGCACAAACAGCAGCCAAGCCCCCGCAGACCCACCUGCCAGCCAGGCCCCCAAAGACAACAACAGCAAGCCCGAGCCAGAGAAGGAGAUCAGAGUUACAAGCAAAGUCAAAAGCAGUAGGGAGAAGAAGAAGGCAGUACUGUCAGCCAAGGAAGAACGAGCAGAGGGGUCAAACUGUGUUGCCGAGCCCAGAGCCUCCUUGAGCAAAACCACCAGUACCGUCAAAGAAACCAGUAAAAUUGAAACGUACAUCGCAAAACCUGCUCUGCCUGGAACCUCCACAAAUAGCAAUGUGGCGCCCCUUUGCCAAAUCACAGUGAAAAUUGGAAAUGAGGCCAUCGUGAAAAGACAUAUCCUAGGUUCCAAGCUGUUUUAUAAGAGGGGGAGAAAACCCAAAUUUCAAGCGCAGGAGAAGAGCUUGUCACGGGACAGUGACCCAGAAACGACUGGGGACAGCCCCCUCAGUCACUGCCAGUCCGAGUGUGUGGAGAUGAGCGAAAUGUUCGACGAGGCCAGUGACCAGGACUCCAGCGACAAGCCCUGGCGCCCUUACUACAAUUACAAACCCAAAAAGAAAUCCCGGCAGUUGAGAAAAAUGAAGAAAGCCAGCUGGAGGAAAGAGCAUGGGAAUGAGAGUCCAAACAACAAAUGCAAAUACCCAGCAGAACUGGACUGUGCUGUGGGGAAGACCUCCCCAGAGAAGGCGUUUGAGGAGGACGACAAUAAAGAGAUGCCCAAGCUGCAGUGUGAACUCUGUGAUGGCGAUAAAGCGGCCGAGGCUGGAAACCAAGGCAGGCCCCACCGGCACGUCGCCGCCAGGCCUCACACCUGCGAGCUGUGCGCCAAGCAGUUCCAGACGCCGUCCACUCUCCGCAUGCACAUGCGCUGCCACACGGGCGAGAAGCCUUACCAGUGCAAGACCUGUGGGCGCUGCUUCUCCGUGCAUGGGAACCUGCAGAAGCACGAGCGGAUCCACCUGGGCCUCAAGGAGUUCAUCUGCCAGUAUUGCAACAAAGCCUUCACGCUCAGCGAAACCCUCAAGAUCCACGAGCGGAUCCACACCGGCGAGAAGCGCUACCACUGCCAGUUUUGCUUCCAGAGCUUCUUGUACCUUUCCACAAAAAGAAAUCAUGAGCAGAGGCACCUGCGGGCACACAGCGGGAAGGGCCACGCCUGCCUCCAGUGCCCCAAGGUCUGCAAAACUGCUGCCGCCCUGGGAAUGCAUCAAAAGAAACAUUUGUUCAGGAGCCCAAGCCAGCAGGAGAUGAUGGAAGGUGACGGGUGCCCUGAAAACUCGGAUCCCUCGGAGAACCCACAGUUUGUUAGUCCAGAAGACAGUGACCAGAAGGAUAAUGUUGAAAGCACCCUUUGA